UUUACUUGAUAAUAAUAUAGGUCAAGGCAAGAUAUCUGAAUAUGCAAUACACUCAGGAUUUUCAUCACUCGUAUUGAAAGUAUUUAUAAUAGUUCUUGCGAGAGGUGUUUAACUUCAUUGUAAUAGCACGUAAUGAUUUUGCAAACAACUUAUAAAAUAUAGAACAGACAUGUUUGAAAACAUAUCUGUGUUUUCGGUAGUUUUUGUUCUACUUGUGUGUUUCAUUAUUCAUCGAUUGUUAUUCAACCGACGGAAAUAUGACCCUCCAUUGCCACCAGCAGCAGGAACUCGACUUCCGGUCAUUGGUCACUUCCAUUUGCUUGAUAGAGAUAUGCGAGGACCACUUGAUAAACUACGGAAGAAGUGCGGGGACAUAUUCCUCCUACACAUGGGAAGCAUUCCAAGUGUAGUCAUUUCUGGAUAUGAAGCACUGAAAGAUGGAUAUAAGAACAAUCCCGACUUUUUCACAGACAGGCCUUACUUCUUGCAUGCCUUAAACAAAGUUACGAGAGGUGGUCAAGGUAUUGUUAUGGCAAGAAACGAAGCAUGGAAAGAGCACAGGCGAUUUACGCUUAGUACUUUGAAAGAUUUUGGAAUGGGUAAAAGCAACUUAGAAGUAUCUAUUCAUGAAGAGGCAAAACAUCUCAUUGACGAGAUAAAUGCACACAAAGAAGACCCGUUUGAUCCAAAGGACCUACUGAGUGCUCAUGUUGCGAACAUCAUUUGCUCAAUUUCAUUUAGAGGAUCAUUUAAACACACAGACCCCAGAUUCCAGGGAAUGAUAAAAAUGUUUGACGAAAAUCUUGCGUCAGCAGGAGGUCUUGCAAACUUCUUUCCAUGGGUAACAAGCAUUCCCGGUGAUCCAUUAGGUGUGACUAAAAUGUUCAGAAAUUCGGACAGGGUUCAUGAGUUUUGUGAAGAUAUUAUUAGAGAGCACAUUGAAACGUAUGACGAAAACUGCAUCGACGAUUUGACCAGCGCUUACAUAAAACACCUUAAGAAAUUGGAAUCGUCCAACGAAUCAACGACAAUGAGUUACCAAUACCUAGCAUCUUUAAUAGCCGAUCUCUUUAUUGCUGGAUCUGAAACCACAACCACCACAUUGCGCUGGGCCCUCGUUUGUCUCGUUGAACACCCUGACAAGCAGGAACGCAUGUUCGCUGAAAUAGAACACCAUGUUGGGUCGUCUAGGUUACCUUCAGUACAAGACAAGGCUGACUUGACCUAUGUUGAGGCUUUCUACAUGGAGGUGCUGAGAUACUGCGUCAUUACAAUCAUCGGUAACUUCCACAUGACCCCAGUUGACGUGGUCUUCAGGGGACACACUAUUCCUGCAAACACGGUGGUUAUUCCGAAUAUUUGGUCUGUCUUCUCUGACCCAGAUAUUUGGGGCGAUCCAGAAAACUUCAGACCUGAAAGGUUUCUUGACGACAAUGGUAACAUCGUGAAAAAAGAAGAAUAUAUUCCGUUCAUGAUCGGAAAGCGAAGCUGCGUUGGAGAAUCGCUUGCCAGAAUGGAACUAUUUCUUUUUCUCAGUGCUCUGGUCCAGCGGUUUAAGUUUGAGAGUCCUCCUGGAACUAAAGUCACAUUUGCUGAAAUAGACGGACAGUUUGGAAUAGUGCAUUGUCCAAAACCAUACAAAAUUGUCGCAAAAGUCCGUCCAUAGUGACGUUGGAAGAACCUAAAAUCUGUUACCCUUUUGCCAUAUUUUAUUUUGUGAGUAUUAAACAGCGUCCUGGAUAUAAAUGAAUUGUCAAUAAAUUCCAAUUGAUUUGUUUGGUUUGUGUGGGGUUAUUACUAUAAACCAUGUAUUUUUUUUAUUUGUAUAAAGUUAACAGUUGAAAUAAGUUAAAUAUUUGACAGUAGUGAAUGCCUAUCAUAACGUAAUGUUGUUGUAUAUUGUACUUCUUUGAGUUAUUGUAUUGCGUGUUUAUGUAAAAAUAAUAAAUGUAUAUGUUU